UGCUUACGGAACCAGGCGUCUAUAAGAACCCACUUCAUUGUUGGCUUGUUGCCUCUGUUCUCAAAAUCACUCGGUUCAAUCUUCGAAUCAAGAUCAAGAGGUUGUAAAAAUGGCUUUCAAAGAUGGGGAAGAAGCUAAAAUCCCUCUUCUGACCCCCUACAAAAUGGGAAAUUUUGAACUUUCUCACAGAGUUGUGUUGGCACCGUUAACAAGGCAAAGGUCGUUCGGCAAUGUCCCUCAGCCACACGCGAUCUUGUAUUAUUCACAAAGAACAACCAAAGGCGGCUUUCUUAUUUCUGAAGCCACUGGUGUUUCCAAUACUGCUCAAGGGUAUCCGGAGACUCCAGGUAUAUGGACCAAAGAACAAGUAGAAGCUUGGAAACCUAUUGUGGAUGCUGUUCAUGCAAAGGGAGGAAUCUUUUUCUGUCAAAUUUGGCAUGUGGGAAGGGUUUCAAAUACUGGUUUUCAGCCAAACGGGCAGGCCCCAAUAUCUUCUACAAACAAAGGACUAAUGAAUCAAGUCCGAGCCAAUGGCAUUGAUGUUGCAAGAUUUUCACCUCCAAGGAAGCUAACCACUCAAGAGAUUCCUCUGGUUGUUGAUGAUUUCCGACUUGCUGCAAGAAAUGCUAUUGAAGCUGGCUUUGAUGGAGUUGAGAUUCAUGGGGCUCAUGGCUAUCUAAUCGACCAGUUUAUGAAAGACAGAGUAAAUGAUAGAACAGAUGAGUAUGGUGGUUCACUAGAGAACCGUUGCAGAUUUGCUCUAGAAGUAGUUGAGGCUGUCGUGAAGGAGAUCGGAGCAGAUAAAGUUGGCAUACGAUUAUCCCCAUUUGCAGACUACAUGCAGUCGGGUGACUCAAAUCCAAAAGCUUUAGGUCUUUACAUGGCUGAAUCCUUGAACAAGUAUAAAAUUCUUUACUGUCAUAUGGUGGAGCCAAGGAUGAAAAGUGUGGGUGAAAAGGUUGAGUGCCCUCAUAGUCUUGUAUCUAUGAGGAAAGCAUUUGAAGGGACUUUUAUUUCGGCUGGCGGGUAUGAUAUGGAAGAUGGUAAUAAUGCUGUGGCUGAUAACCGAACUGAUCUGGUUGCUUAUGGUCGUUUGUUUUUGGCUAAUCCUGAUUUGCCAAAAAGAUUUGAGCUUAAUGCUCCUCUUAACAACUACAACCGGGAAACGUUUUAUACACCUGAUCCAGUUCUUGGGUAUACCGAUUAUCCGUUUUUGGAAACCACGGAUUAAGACCGUUGGUGUGUAGUAGUAAUUGAGCAUUGUUUGUCUGACUCAAUAUCUGUAACAUGUAUUUGGUGAUUACUCGUCUUAAAAGAUCAAUCAAAUAAAUGAGAAAUGCACGUAGACUCUGUUAUCAUGAAUGCAGCUUUGUUGUGAUAA